UUCUGGAUUAGUGUAGACGCCAUUCCUGCUCGUGUGUCUAUUGGUUUACUGACCGUAUUGACCACGACCACCCAGAGCUCUGGAGCCAGAUCUUCCCUGCCCAGGGUAUCUUAUGUCAAGGCCAUAGACGUUUGGAUGAGUGUUUGUCUGCUGUUUGUUUUUGCAUCUCUAUUAGAGUUUGCUGUGGUGAAUGUGUUUAGUAGGAAGCAAGUGAGAAGCAUCACACCAGCACUUAUGGCUAAACAAAUGCCUCUUCCAUUCAUGAGAGCUCAGCCAGCGAAACCACGUUCUCGGUUUAGGAAAAAGAGCUCAGGGAGCGACAGCGAGGAUGGUGAAACAAAGGAGUCCCAUGAUGAGUUCUUAGAUGCUCCUAAAAUUCCUGAUUUGGAUGGUAAAUUUCGAGCACGAAUGAUUGACAAAAUGUGUCGGAGAAUAUUCCCAACAUCAUUUUUAAUAUUUAAUGCUGUGUAUUGGAUAGUUUAUGGUGUUAUUAUUCAAGACAGUCCCCCUGUUAUGGGGGGUUAA